AUGUUGGAAAAGGCAAAGAGAAUGUUUUUCAGUAGAGACAAGAUGCGCAAACGGGUGGAACGGCGCACGAUAAGAAUUGAAUUAGAAGCGACGAUUGAUGGGAGCAGGACGGCGACUUUGACGGUUGAUCCCAGAUGGACGGUCAAAACCGUGCUGCUUGAGAUCUGCCGAGUUCCUGAUCUGGAGAUUCGCCAAAAUUACAUUUUCGGAUUGGCAAAAGAGAAAGACGGAGAGUUGUAUUUUCUGCAGAAAGACAAGGCGAUCGGAGACGAGGCACCUAAGGGCUGGAAAGAUGGGAAAGACCCAAAGCCUUUUGACGUUCAUCUCAAGGUGCAAUUUUUUGUCGUGCAUCCAGAAAUGCAGCUGCUUGACGCUGGAAGCCGCAGAUACUAUUAUCUCUCCAUAAAGAAUAAACUCGCCAAGAAACGGUUCAUUUCUUUUCUUAAAGUUCUACUCUCUACCUUUCAUUCUUUUUUUCUGAACUGA